AUGCAGCAAAUAAAUUACGAAUAAGUUCUGCUAACAUUUUAAUGCUCACGUAAGCAUUUAGUUAUUGAUUCUAAAUACUACGUUUACCUGCUUCCCAAGACUUUGAUACUUUCAAGCGUAAUUAUUUAAAAUUUCUUAGAAUCCAAAACAACAAAACCCAAAAUACAUAGUGUAAUUAAGUUUAACAUCCAAAAUUCAUUGGAUAACAAAGUUGAAGUCCCCCAUUCUUGAACAAUUUGGAUUUCAAUAUAAGGAUGAAAUAAAAUUCUUCUCUGCUCCAACAAAGGAUUUGCAACAGCUCAAAGAAUUAAUGCAGGGCUAAAUCAUGUACAAAGACAUUAGCGAUUUCUAUACUCCCCUUUAUAUGUUGGGCAAAGGUGGUUCUUCUAAAGUACAUUUUCACGUUAACUAAAGGUCUAUUUGGUAACCAAAAAAUACGAUCAAUCUCAAUUUGCAUCCAAAUGCGUUGACAAGAGGUAUUUGCAAGAAGAUGGAGGAUAUGUAAGAAUAUUUAAAAUUUUUAGAAUGCUUUAUUCAAUGAAAUCUAAUUAAUGUAAAGGUUAAAACACGAAAACAUUAUACAAUUGAUUGAUCUUUAUGAAGGAGAAAACACAUUUUAUAUGAUUUUGGAAUAUUUAGAAGGGAAAAGCUUGCAUGAAUUACUGAAUUAAAGAUAAUCAAUUUUCGAAUAAGAACAAAUUUAAAUAAUAAUUAAAGUAACUAAUAUUUCCUAUUAAAGUUAAUUUUACAAGCAAUUGAUUAUAUGCAUUCUUAGGGAAUUAUGCACAGAGAUUUAAAACCAGAAAAUAUUAUGUUUAAAUAAUCCAAUAAAAUAUAAUCUCUAAAGAUUGUUGACUUUGGUUUAGCCGCCCAUCUAAACGUUGAUGUGUUUCCAUUCCCAAAAUGUGGAACACCUGGAUAUGUGGCACCUGAAAUUGCUAAUCUGAAAGAUUUAACUUAAAAAUAUACUGCAAUUUGUGAUGAAUUUAGUGUUGGCUGUAUAUUUUACAAGCUGUAAAUAAGCAUUAACUAUAAUAUAGGUGUACUGGGAAAGAUCUCUUUCCUGGAAGUGAUUAUUAAGAGAUCUUAAGAAUAAAUAAGAAAUGCAACAUUGUAUUAGAUAGUCUGACUAUCUACAAAACUCCAGCUGAAGCUAUAGAUUUAAUAACGUAAUUACUUAAAAUAAACCCAAAAGAAAGGAUUACUGCUUAAAAUGCUCUAUUACAUCCAUACUUUUCAUAAAAAUAUGAAAGCAAAAAGAUCAAAUUCUAAUAAUCUAAUGUUACUAAAUAGAAUCCUAUGUUCUAAACUCAAAAUUUCAAUCCUAAAGUUGUAAAUUUAAUUCUAUAAAAAUUCGAAGAGGAAAUUGUGGAAGAAGAAAAUACAAAAUAAUUAAGCAUUCCUGUUAUGCAAAAUAUGAAAUCCUUUGGAUAAAUUCAGCAAAAUGCUUAUUCACCAUAGAAUCCUCAACCCAGAAAAAAUAUGAAAAAGUUUCAAACCUCGGAAUUUGACCAAUACACUUAAACGAUUUCUCCAUAACUUAAUAAUUUUAAACCAUCCCUCAUCAUGAAUUGCGAUACUUUUACUAAUUCGCCAAAUCCAGAUAAAACAGCCCAAACAACGAGAAAUACUCUAGUAAAUAAGGGAUAAGCUACUGAGGCUAUUAAUUUUAUGUAUAAAAUCGAAGAGGAGCAGGAAGAAGACAAGGGAAUAUAGAAAUGA